AGGUUGAUGCCCUGUGGCCCGGUUGCGGUUCCGGGGUGAGAGUGCGGUCGGAGAGAUGCGGAGCGGCGGUGUGUCCUCGCGGCCCGGCCGCAUCUCGCGAGCCCCGCGUCGGCGGCGGUAGCAGCAGCAGCAGCAGCAGCAUUAGGUCCCACCAUGAGCGGCCCCCAGCAGGAAUCUCACUCGGAGCAACAGGAGGCCGAGGUACAGGCCCUGAACUCCAUCUAUGGCCAGGAUUUCAGUGACCUCCGGGAGCAAGACCCAUGGAAGGUGAAACGUCCCCCAGAAAUCUGCAUUGCGCUGCACCCUCGGGGAUUGAUCAAUGUUGCAGACAGUCACGUUGCUGUGGAUUUACAUGUCAAUUGCCCAGUCAAGUACCCAGAUGUACCUCCAGAAAUUGAGCUAAAGAGAACAAAAGGCCUGUCUAAUGAGAAGCGCAACCGGUUGCAUGCAGAGCUGGUGAAGCUCGCUAAAGAUCAUUGUGGAGAGGUGAUGAUAUUCGUCUUGGCUGAUCAUGUGCAGGCGUUUCUCAGUGAAAACAACAUUCCUCCCUCCAAAUCCUUCUAUGAGGAAAUGCUGAAGAACCAACAGGAGCAACAGCAGCGACUUGCACAGGAGGAACAGCGCAGGAUAGAACAGAAGAAGAAGCAAGAUGAAAAAAUGCAACGUGAAAUCCUUGAAGAAAUUCAGAGAUUAGAAGAGGAAAAGAGAGAUGCAAAGAAACUAACUCAGUUGGCCAAACAGGAGCGGCGGGAAAGUGCACAAGUGACCAUUCCAGGAAAUUCUUCUAAAAUUCCUGCUUCAAACAGGCAAUCUCCUACCAACUCGAAUGAAAAUGCAGCGGACCAAGUUGACCACAAAAAGGGAGGGAACAACCAACGUCGAACCAAUUCCAACGGCCGCUCAAAGCGAGAACGGCAACUUUCUGUAUGUAGCAAUGAGGACAGUGCCCAACCAUACAAGCUUAUAAAUUUCAACAUGGGAUCAACUGGAGGGUUCACCGUACACAGGGGAAAACUUAUCGGUGAGAACGAGCAGUUGAACCGGUCAGUCUACUAUGGCUUGGAAGAAUUGACAGGAAAUUUUGUGGUAAUCUAUGAAUGGGUUCUUCAGUGGCAGAAAAAAAUGGGCAAGUUCCUCACUAGUGAGGAGAAGGACAAAGUCGAGAAAUGCAGAAAGCAGAUCCAAGGUGCAGAAAGUGAAUUUAACUCUUUGUUGAAACUGAGCCACUCUAACCUGGUGCGUUACAUGACAAUGUGCUGCAAAGAGAAGGAGAACUCCAUUUUGGUCAACCUUCUUGUCGAGUAUGUUAAUGGUUCCAGCCUCUCGGAUGCUCUGAACAAAGGGACACGUGUUGCAGUUGAGCGACUCCAGCACUAUGCAGCACAGCUCUUGGCAGCCUUGGACUACCUCCAUAAUAACUCUGUGGUACAUAAGGUCCUUAGUGCCUCAAGUGUUCUGGUAGAUGGGGAAGGCAACGUGAAGUUGACAGAUUACAGCAUCUCUAGGCGGCUGGCUGACAUUUGUAAAGAGGAUGUGUUUGAACAGACUAAAGUACGAUUCAGUGAGAAUGCUCUGCCUUACAAGAGUGGUAAAAAGGGGGAUGUAUGGAGGCUGGGCCUCCUUCUGCUGGCUCUCAGCCAGGGCAGUGUUGUAAAAGAAUACCCAAUAACUGUGCCAAACAAUCUGCCCAACGACUUUCAGGAUUUCCUCAACAAAUGUGUGUGCUUGGAGGAUAAGGCACGUUGGAGUCCUCAGCAGCUGCUUGAACAUUCCUUUGUGAAGCCCCAACUGGUACCUUCACCAUCGACCUGCAAUGAAGACAGUCGAGAAGAUUCAGCAGGUGGAACAGAUUGUGCAGAAACUGUUAUCCCAAACAGCCAGAUCCUCACUGCGUCUCUUUACACAGACACCCAGAAGCAGCUAUCGCGUUAUUACAAUGAGUUUGAGGAGCUGCAGCUUCUGGGGGAAGGUGCCUUUGGAGCUGUCAUCAAGGUGAAGAAUAAAUUAGAUGGCUGCUAUUAUGCUGUUAAACGCAUCCUGGUGAAUCCUUCCAGUAAACAUUUCCGUAGAAUAAAGGGUGAGGUGACAUUGCUAUCACGCCUGAACCAUGAAAACAUUGUAAGGUACUACAAUGCUUGGAUUGAGAAACAUGAAAUUCAGCCUGCCUCAAGCCCAUCCUCCGAAAACAUGCCAGAGACUCCACCCCAACCUGAGGCGGAUUAUCAAAAAAAGCUAAUGAUGUCUGAUGACAUUGAAAAGAAUGCCCCACCCCCUGUCACGACCAGUUCCGUGGAAUGGAGCACAUCAUGUGACAGAUCAUCGAGCGUUAAAUGCACUGAGAGAGAGUCGAGUGAUGAGGAUGAUGAUGAAGAGGAUGUAUUCUGCGCAUCAUUUUUACCAGCUGACAUUUAUUCAGACAGUGACAUUGUCUUUGAGAAUGGCAGUGGCAACAUCAACAACAACCCUGCGGGCAGGGAAACUACAAAUGCAAAGAAUCCUGAGGAUGGCAAAAUGGAGAAGGCAGAGGUCAUAAUAGAACCACAGACAGUGCACUAUCUGUAUAUUCAGAUGGAAUAUUGUGAGAAAAGCACUUUACGCGACACAAUUGACCGGGGACUGUAUAGAGAUAUCAAUCGUCUCUGGAGGCUAUUCAGGGAAAUCCUUGAUGGACUAGCCUACAUCCAUGAACAGGGCAUGAUUCAUCGAGAUCUGAAACCUGUUAAUAUAUUUUUGGAUUCCAAUGAUCACGUGAAAAUAGGAGAUUUUGGCUUAGCCACAGAUCAUCUGGCUAAUCCGGCAGGUGACAGACAGGAAACAGAAGGCAGUGGAUCCAUUCAUUUGAUCAAAUCUGACCCAGCAGGGAAUCUGACUGGAAUGGUUGGCACUGCUUUGUACGUGAGCCCUGAAGUACAGGGUAACACGAAAGCCUCCUACAAUCAGAAAGUGGAUCUGUUCAGUUUGGGAAUUAUUUUCUUUGAGAUGUCAUAUCAUCCCAUGGACACAACAUCUGAAAGGAUAUCUGUUCUCAGCAAAUUACGUAUGCCAACAAUUGAGUUUCCUGAAGAUUUUGAUGAAGAAAGAUGUUCAAAACAGAGGUUGAUCAUCGGCUGGCUGUUAAAUCACGACCCAGCAAAACGUCCCACCGCAGUAGAGCUGCUGAAAAGCAAGCAUCUCCCCCCACCCCAGAUGGAGGAAUCAGAACUUCAUGAAAUGCUGCACCACGCACUGGCGAACACCAGUAGCAAAGUUUACCGGACGUUGGUCACCCAAAUCUUCUCCCAACAUAUCACCCCUGCCAUGGAUUUCACCUAUGAUAUUGAUGUUCACAAGGGCAGUUUUUCAACGCACCAUGCCAUCCUCCGGCACUUUGUAUAUGAGACAGUGUGUCGUGUGUUCAAAAGGCAUGGAGCUACCUGGUUGCACACACCUCUAUUAAUGCCAAAGAACAAGAAGUUGUAUGAAGGUAGUGAGGGAGCCUAUUUCAUGGACCAUAGUGGCAUGCUGGUCAUGCUUCCCCAUGACCUCCGGAUACCAUUUGCACGAUUUGUGGCAAGAAACAACAUCACUAGUUUAAAAAGGUACUGCAUUGAACGGGUAUUCAGACCCCGAAAGCCAGACCGCAGUCAUCCUAGAGAACUCUUGGAAUGUGCGUUUGACAUUGUCACACCAAUCACAAACAACCUACUGCCAGAUGCAGAGGUGAUCUACACGGUUUUCGAAAUUAUUCAGGAAUUUCCUGUACUUCAGGAACUCAAUUACAGCAUCUAUCUGAACCAUACCAGUCUGUUGAAAGCAGUGCUGUUGCAUUGUGGGAUACCAGAAGACAAACUCCAGCCAGUGUGUAACAUCCUGUGUGAUUCUAUGAUGGGGAAACUGACCAAGCAAGAGGUAGAAGCCAAGUUCUGCAAUCUGUCACUGUCACCAAACAAUCUCUUGCAUUUAUAUAAGUAUACUGAGAAUAAGCUGGAUCUGAAAGAACUGAGAGAUGUGCUGAAGCCUCUGAUGAAGGGGAAGAUGGCUGUUAGCCAGCUGGUAAAGCAGGCAUUAAAGGAGCUUGAGGAAGUUAUGGAACUCCUAAAGAAACUUGAUGUCAAACUGAAGGUAGUCGUGAACCUGGGCCUUGUCUACAAGGUACAGCAGCACAGUGGGGUAAUUUUUCAGUUUGUAGCACUCGUGAAGCGGCGACACCACAUUGUGCCUGAUAUCUUGGCAGCUGGAGGGAGGUACGACAAUCUGAUCCUCGAAUUCCAGAGACCGCAAGUUGUAGGGCCACUUCCCUCUGCUGUAGGAGUUAGCCUUGCCUUGGAUAAGAUUUCCACCCUUUGUAACUCAUCUGAACAGCCUGUUACCUGUCAUUGUGAGAUCCUGGUGGUUGCUGUCGGGAGCGUGUCACUGGACAGGGCUAUUGUCCUCAUCCUGCAAUUGUGGAAAUCUGGGAUAAAAGCUGAGUUGCUGCACAAUGUCACCCAGGAAGAAGCUCAGGAGCAUUGCAAACAGGUUGGAAUCAGUCACUCCAUCCUUAUCUCUGAUAAGGAGAGUAAACACGUGAAGGUGCGAUCGUUUGAAAAGGACAAACAGACUGAAAAACGAAUUCUGGAAGCAGAGGUAGUGGAGCACUUAAAGAAAAUCAAAUCUAAAAUCUCAGACGAAAAGAGCAACAGGGAAUCUCCAGAGAGCCCCUCCUCUCAGAACCUGAAGGGAUCACUCAGCAAUUCUGCAGGACCUUUUGAAUCACAUGGAAGCUCGUUAGUGCCAAAUUUUAAUUUAAUUUCACCUGAGAAACUGUCAGCAAGCAUGAAACGGCGGUAUGAGGAAAAGGUUCUCUCAAGACUUCAAACCUUUGUCAGUAACCUGCAGCAGAAAAGCAAUGACAUUGAGGUUUUAGCGGUUGACAUAUCGAAGGAAACUCUGAUCAGCUUCUUAUCGCUUGAGUACGGUGGAGAUGAGCAAGCGUUCAAUGUCAGUGUACAACAUCUGCUUUCCCGGUCAACUAAACAGCGCUACCUGAAAUCCAUCUGUGACCAAAUCCAUCACUUCAAAUUGAUCAAGAGAGUAUCCUGCCUCGUUUUGUACAGUUACAGAGACGACUACUACAGGAUUCUAUUCUAAUGUUUGUAUAGAAGGGUUGUAUUGACCGAGGAAACUACCUGUGGAGUUCAAAGCUGGGCAUCAGUCGGAGUAUUUGAAUCAAUAGAAAUUCUUCCAUCCAGCUGUGAUGUGAGGCAACGUGUUAAACCAUGUACCAUCCAGUCAGCACUCCUCCAGAUGUCCUCAGCCUUGCACUUUCAUUCAGUUUCUCCAAAACUUGCCCAUCUCCCAAAGCAAAGGUGGUGACCCACUGUCUUUAGUGUUUUGGAGGCUGUCAGACAACCUGUGUAGUUGUUUUACCAGGUAGGGGCACCAGCAGGCUAUUGGCUAAAUUAGGCUUCUGUGUGUUUCAGACAGCAUGGACUGGAGUUGAAAAGGAUCCUCAGUUAUUUUAAUGUUGUAAAUACUGUAGGCUUUCCUGAUUGAGACAGGAUGCUAUUUUUAUGGCAAAAAUUUAAUAUCAGUAUGAUAUGUGUUAGUUUUUCACUGUAUAUGAUCUGUUUUGUCAUGUGCCUCUGCAGAUCAUCUGCUCCACCUACUCUCACAAAUAAGUUAGUGUUAAGCUGAAUAUGGUUCCAUAUCACCUCACUGAGAGAGAGUAUUUCCCUGCCCUCAGCUGAGAGAAGCUUGAGUUUUGAACAGCCACUUUCACUCAGGCUACACCCAGUGCUUGCUGGGACACUGAGCCUGCAGUGUUGUCACGUAUUCAAACAUACUCCUGUUUCUAGCUGCAGUUUUACACUUGGGUCACAUUGUCUAUUUGAGUUACAAAAUUAUGUCCUCUAAGUGGAGAAAAAGUGCCUUUUAAGUUUAUUAAUUUUGAGGUAUGAUCCAACAAUUGGUGACUAUCAUCAGUUUGAUCCUGGGUCUCAAAAGUGAAUUUUCUGAGACUGUACUGAAUUUGAAGGAUACAUAGGAUCCAUGCUAUUUAACGACUCUUCCCAUGAAUAAAGUAAUCUGCAGGAGAGGAAUUUUCAGACACAUUGUUUAGUUAAAAAUCAUGGUGUAUGAAUUCAAACCAUAGCAUUCCUUAAUCAGUGACUGUAUUAAACUGCAGGAAAGAAAUUUUUACACAUUGGUUUAGUUAAAAAUCAUGGUAUAUGAAUUUGAACCAUAGUGUUCCUUAACCUAAAUUAAUCUCCAUGUUGUAUCAGCAGAUUGUCACCUUCAGUAACAUUGGGUCAGUGAUUGGCUUAGCAUGUUCAAACUGGUUUACCUUGUCCUGAGUCUACUCAUGUUGCAGCUCCUUUUCAUGUAGAUUGCUGAGUGCAGCCUUCCACCUCUGUUGCUACCCGGACAGAGGUUGGGAACAAUACUGAAGCUAAAUUUGUGACUUGAGUAUGUACUCAAGUAUUAAAAUAAACAAACAUAGGAUUUUGGAAGGUUUGAUUAGCUGUAGCCAUUGCAUUUUAUAAUUGACUAUCUGUAUUUCGCUCAGUGUUCCUCCAGUCUUAACGCAAGAGAGAAGGACACAUAACCAAGGCUAAAUGGGAAUAGGUCCUGAGGUUUAGCUGGGGCUUUCCCAAGUUUCCAUGGUAUAGGAAGAAAUCACUUGGCCCAUUAGUUUUAGCAUUCUCAGUACAGCAAUCCAGUCAGUCCUAUUCUACUCUUCAAAAAAAAUCCUAAAACAUUUAGAAAACUUACCACAAUUAAACAAAAUGUCAUUACUAUGAAUCAAGGCCAAAGCUUCCUUUCCAUGGACACAACUUUGGAAAAGUGAGAGUCAGAAACUAUGAUUCUAUCCCUGUACAUUUAAUUCUGUCCAAUAGUUUUCCAGGUAUUUUGGAAAUAAUUGAUUAUCUUUGCUUUUACUGCUGUAACAGGUAGUGAAUCCUAGGUAUUGCCAUUCACCAAGUUCUUCUUCCCUUCCCUCCACGCCCCGGUAUCUCUUGUUCAAAACCUAAAAUGUGUUCCUCUAUCCUUGUAACAUCUCUUCACGGGAACAUCUUUUUGUGACAGCUUCAGAAAAGGUAGAUAAUCUGGGACACCUCUAUCAUCUUGUACUGAGCAGGUUAGAAUAGCUAGGAAAAAUAAUCCUGAUGCUGUGAAUUUAGAUUUUUAAAAAACCUCCAGUGAAAACAAAUAAAUCUGUAUGCCUCUGUGA